AUGUCUUUCUCCAGCCUCGUCCAGGACCUCACGUUGCGCGACGCCAACGGCAACCGGCCCCCCGGCAUGGCCCCGUCCGUCUCGACGGCCGAUGACCGGACCUCCCACAUCUCGCGCGCCAUGUCGUACGCCAGCACGGCCGCGACCAGCGUCAGCAUCUCCGGCGACAUCUCCAGCCAGCUUCAUGGCGGCUACUUCCACCCCCUGGCCCGCUCCUGGCAAGCCGAGCGCCAGCUCACCAAGUCCAUGCUCAUUUACCCCAUCUUCGUCACCGAUGGCGACGACGACAUGAUUCUCGUCCCCUCAUUGCCGGGCCAGCACCAGCUCAGCGUCAGCCGCCUGGUUCCUUUCCUCGAGCCCCUCGUUCGCAAGGGCCUGCGCUCCGUCAUCCUGUUCGGCGUCCCCAUGAAGCCCGGCUGCAAGGACGCUCUUGGCAGUGCCGCCGACGACCCCGAGGGCCCCGUCAUCCAGGCCAUCCGCCUCAUCCGCCGUCGCUUCCCCCAGAUCUUCAUCUGCACCGAUGUCUGCCUCUGCGAGUACACGUCGCACGGCCACUGCGGCAUCCUGCGGGACGAUGGCAGCCUCAACAACCAGCUCUCCGUGGACCGCAUCUCCGAUGUCGCCAUUGCCUACGCCAAGGCCGGUGCUCACUGCGUCGCGCCCUCGGACAUGAACGACGGGCGCAUCCGUGCCAUCAAGCUCAAGCUCAUCGAGGAAGGCAUCGCGCACAAGACGGUGCUCAUGUCCUACUCGGCCAAGUUCUCCGGGUGCCUGUACGGGCCGUUCAGAGACGCUGCCGGCUCUGCGCCGUCCUUUGGAGACCGCAAGUGCUAUCAGCUGCCUCCUGGCGGUCGUGGCCUGGCCCGCCGUGCUAUCACCCGCGACAUCGGUGAAGGCGCCGACGUCAUCAUGGUCAAGCCCGCCAGCCAGUACCUCGACAUCAUCAGCGACGCCAAGGAGCUCGGCAAGGACCUUCCGGUCGCGGCGUAUCAGGUCAGCGGCGAGUAUGCCAUGAUCCACGCCGGCGCCAAGGCCGGAGUCUUCGACCUCAAGGCCAUGGCCUUUGAGUCCACCGAGGGCAUUCUCCGCGCCGGAGCGACCAUUGUCGUCAGCUACUUUACUCCCCAGUUCCUGGACUGGCUGGAGCACUGA